AUGUCAGAACCAGUUAAAAGAAAGCUAGUUAUUGUUGGAGACGGGGCGUGCGGCAAAACAUCACUACUAUAUGUGUUUACUCUUGGUGAAUUCCCCACUGAGUAUCAUCCAACUGUGUUUGAGAAUUAUGUCACUGAUUGUCGAAUUGAUGGCAAACCAGUAGAAUUGGCAUUAUGGGAUACUGCUGGUCAAGAAGAAUACGAAAGAUUGCGACCCUUAAGUUACAAUAAUUCCCAUGUUAUUUUGAUCGCCUUUAGUUUAGAUACGCCGGAUUCGUUAGAUAAUGCUCGAAGUAAAUGGGUGGUUGAAGUGAAAAAAUAUUGCCCCAAUAUUCCUUAUUUGUUGUGUGGUCUCAAGAAGGAUUUGAGGACGGAUGAAUCCGACCGUGUUAAUUUUGUGCAAUUUGAUAUGGGACAAGCCAUGGCAGAUGUCAUAGGAGCUAAGAAAUACCUUGAGAGCUCAGCAUUGACAGGUGAAGGUGUUGAUGAUAUUUUUGAGUAUGCAGUUAGAACCAGUUUACUAAAAAACGAUAAAGCCAAUACUGGAUGUUGUACCAUACUAUAG